CCCCGGCCCCCCCCCCCCCCUCCCCCCCCCCCCCCCCCCCCCCGCCACCGAGCCCAUACGAGGGCCCUCCGCGCGCCCCAGCGCCCGGCGGCAGCUCCGCCCCCUGGCCCGCUAGCCGCAGCGGACGCGCCCUCUGGCCGCCGGUUCUGGGCGGGCGGGAGCGGCGUCGGCGAUGGCGCCGACCCGGAAGAAGCGCGCCUCCUCCGCGGCCGCGGCCGCCGCCGCCGCGGCCCAGUGGAAGGUCGGCGACCUCGUGCUCGCCAAGCUCAAGGGCUACCCGGCGUGGCCGGCCAUGAUUAGCGAGCCGCAGAAAUGGGGGCUUCCUUCAACUAAAAAGAAGUUGCUGGUCUACUUUUAUGGAACUAAAGAGAUUGCUUUCUGCAAUUAUGCUGAUCUUGAGGCGUUCACUGAAGAGAAAAAGAAAUCUCUACUUGUUAAACGACAUGGGAAAGGAGCAGAUUUUGUCAAAGCAGUUAAGGAAAUAGUGGAAAUUUUUGAUUCUAUGAAGAACGAGGACAAUAAUAAGAGCGGGUUGGCCCCUGCCAACAAUAGCAGCAGUUUGGACACUGGAGGUCCCGAAGAAGGUUCUGAUUUGGCCAAUGAUAACAAGCUCGAGGCUAAUCCUGCCUCUUCCAUGGAUCACAGCAUGGCCAGUGCCCCUGGGUCUAAUAUUGCUGCAUUGGAGAGUGAACACUGUGUUGUGAACUCUGCACCUGAUGAGCCUGCUACUUCAUUUUCAAAGAAGAGGAGAAGUAAUGCUCUGCAACUAGGUUCUUGCACUCACCGUAAUCUUACUUCCCCACGGAGGCCAAGAAGUUCAUUAGGUGCUGAUCAUAGGACUCGGGAUUCUUGUGGGCCGAAUGGUCUCAAUCUGCCUCCUGUUGAUAUGACCACUGAUGAUAGGCAGGAAGGCUCUUCUCGGCUUAAAUGUAUAGGUGAUGACAAACCUAAAUCGGAUCUCCUUUCAGCUACGAAGGAUGUUAUGCUGUUCAAUUGCGGUCGAGGCACCUCAAGUCAAUCUGGAGCUUCUCUGAAUGGUAAUUAUGAGAACAAUUUGAGUUCUGCUGCAAAUAUAGAAAGUGAUCUUAAUGUUGAAGUAUGUCAAACUGUCAUGGGUAAAGAAGAUAAUCUGGAUGGGACACAAGAUCUUUCCACGAGUACAACAGUUACUUUUAAAAGAAAGCGAAGCCUGGACACCAAUGAUGUUAAUAAUUCUAUCAGCAGUGUGGUACCAAAUAUGGAUGAAGAAUUGCAGCCUAAUUCAUGUGGAAACCUGCCAGAUUCUCCAAAUUCAGGGAAUGAAGUCAAUAAGUCAGACGGAGAUGACCACUUGCCAUUAGUGAAAAGGGCACGGGUUCGAAUGGGAAGACCCCAGCUGGAGGACUCCAUGGUUGAUGAGCUUGAUAUUUCUGAUAACAAAAUAGAGUUGGCUAUACCUGUAGAUGAAUGUUAUAAACAUGACCUGUCUUCAACAGUGGGAAAGGAUCAUCCAGCUGAUGAUGUCCCCUAUCGCAUAGAUCCUUCACCCACAGUAGACCCAUCGCUGGCAUCGGGAAAUGAUCAUUCAGCUGAGGAGGUGCUUCCUGGCAUAGAUCCUUCACCCAAAGUAGACCCAUUGCUGGCAUCAGGAAAUGAUUAUUUAGCUGAGGAGGUGCUUCCUGGUAUAGAUCCUUCACCCAAAGUAGACCCACUGCUGGCAUCGGGAAAUGACCAUUUAGCUGAGGAGGUGCUUCCUGGCAUAGAUCCUUCACUCAAAGUAGACCCGUCUGCAUCAGGAGAGGUUCAGACUGCUUGCAAGGACAAAGAGUAUCAAUCAAAGGUUUUGACGUUAGAUGGAGAAGCUGCUUUACCUCCAUCUAAACGUCUCCAUCGUGCCUUAGAGGCUAUGUCUGCUAAUGCUGCUGAAACUACUGGUAAUCUGCCUGAAGUGAAUAAGCCAGAGUGUAUCCUGAAGCCUUGCACAGCGUCGAUAGGAAGCUCUCCUUUUAAUAACUCUGCAGAUGCACUUGUCAGAAGUCCAAGAUCUGCAACAACUAAAGGCCCGGAAAUAUGUUCACCAGUACUUUCUUUAGAUACCCCAACUGGCCUAAAGUGUAUGUCACAACCAUUCAUAUUAAACAAGGACUCCCCGUCUUCUGUUUCACUGGAAUUGACAAACGGUGGCAAUCAUGAUCUUCCAAAAGACAAAGUUAGCACCAGGGACGAUGAUGAUAUCUGUGGAAAUUCUCCAGCCUGCUCCUUGGAGUCGAAAGAGGCUGCCUUUGUAUCUAAGUUUGAUCAGUUGCCUAUGGGGAAAGUAAGUACAAAUGAGCUCCCGGAUCCAAUUGGUAAUUCUAGUCGAGAUUUUAGUAAAAAUAUUGAUGGAUCUGCUUAUCCACUUAGCCAUGCAAAGACUGUUGUGCCAGGUGCUAAUCACGAUUCCAAUUCCGAGCCACAAAAUAAGACAGUUUUGGCUGAACCAACAGUCAGUGUGGGUGACAGGACAAGUGCCUCUUCGUUGGUUACUAAAGUUACAUGCAGCCAGAAUGUUGCAGGCGCCCGAGCAUUUGAAGCGCAUGGUUCUUCAGCAACGGCACUGAGAGAACCGGACCACAAAAUUAACAUGAAGGAUAUUGGUUUAUCUCCUGACCCGAUGCCUAUGAAAGGACUUAUUGCUGCUGCACAUGCUCAGAAAUUCUCUCAACCAACUUCUUUCAUAGACAGUUUUUUAGAUUCCAAUGUUAUUUCUGAACCUUCCGUGAAUAUACCUUCAGUUAAGGAAGGAUCAGGUGGCCGGUGUUCACCUUCAAAUACUAUAAUAAGGCCUGCAUCAGAUAGGAUUCAUACUCAGCAGACUAGUGGUAAGAUUCUUUCUGAUAACAUACAACAGAAGAGCUUGAACAAACCAGCAGGUCAUGAUGAAGCCAGGUCAGCACGGAGGGCCUUUGAAAAUUUCCUAGGUACAUUAACAAGAACAAAAGAAUGUAUAGCCCGUGCAACACGUCUCGCUCUGGAUUGUGCUAAGCAUGGCAUUGCUGGGGAGGUAAUGGAUGUCAUCAUCGAACGCCUGGAAAAAGAAUCAAAUUUAUACAAAAGGGUGGACCUGUUCUUCCUUGUUGAUUCAAUAAUCCAGUGCUGUCGCAAUCAGAAAGGUGGAGUUGGAGAUGCCUAUCCUUCUCUUAUCCAAGCAGUCCUGCCACGAAUACUAUAUGCUUCUGCACCUCCUGGAAAUUCUGCAUGGGAGAAUCGAAGACAAUGUCUUAAGGUUUUGAAACUCUGGCUUGAGAGGAAAACGCUUUCAGAAUACAUCAUUCGUCAUCAUAUUAAGGAGCUUGAAGCUCUUAAUGAAGCAUCAUUUGGGACCUCUCGUCGUCAUUCAGGGACAGAGAGAGCUCUGAAUGACCCUUUACGGGAUAAUGAAGGAAUGCUUGUAGAUGAAUAUGGAAGCAAUACUGGUUUCCAUCUUCCAAAUUUGAUCUGCGUGAAACUGCUGGAUGAGGAAGGAAGCUCCUCUGAGGAUAGGAGCUUUGAAGCUGUCACUCCUGAACAUGAAUCUACUGGUGCUGAGCAAGGGGAGGGUUCUCAAUUGGAUGGGGCGAAGCAUCGACUUGUCUUUGAAGAAGUGAAUGGUGAUCUUGAGAUGGAAGAUGUAGCCCCAUCAUCUGAAGCGGAAGCUAGCUCUGCAUGCCAACCAGAUCUAACAGCUGCGAGGUGUACACCGACUAGUCAAAAUGUUAAUUCUGUUCCUCCACUACCUGAAGACAAACCUCCAACUCCUCCCCCGUUGCCAUCAUCUCCACCACCUCUACCACGCCCUCAGUGUCCUGUCAUUCAAGGUUCACAGGUUCAAGGAGCAUUGCAUGUGGCACCUGAUCGAGUCGAGCCAGAUACUUUAAGAAAUGUUCAAGAUCAGCACCCUCAUUCUAUUGCAAAUAAUCGAGGCAACAUGGAUCCUUGUGCGGUUCCAUUCCAGCCUCCACCGCCCUAUACUUCUGGGUGUGCAGGGCAUCCAAACCAGAUGCAUCCGCCGCCACCGCUGCCUCCACCGCCGCCUCCACCACCUGUCGCACCUUUCCAUCCUCCUGGACCCCAUGGAAAUUUUUCUGGGCCCCCAGUACCGCCCCAUGGAAAUAACUAUCACCGUCCACCAGCACCACCACCUCCGAAUAAUGCAUACCAUUUGCAGCCACCACCACCACCGCAUCCACCACCACCGCAUCCACCAGGUCCGAAUCAGUUCCCAUAUAUGCCACCUGAACACCAACAAAGAGCACAACCUUGGAAUUGUAAUCCUCCCUAUCCUGAGGGAUAUCAGUACAAUGGACAUGACAGAGGACACCCUCCAUACGAUAGGAGACAUCACUUUGAUGAUAGAUGGCAUCACUUCGACGAUAGAGGGCAACGCUUUGAUGAUGGAGGGCAUCAUUUCAAUGCCGGAGGUCCUCACUUUGACGAUGGAGCAUAUCGCUAUGAUGAUAGAGGGCAUCACUUCAAUGACAGAGGACAAAUGCACCAUGAAUCUAUGGAUAGAGGAAGGUUUCCUCCACAUUUUGGACCAGAUCCCCCGUACCCUGACCAUUUUGAAGCUUCAUCCUCCCACCAUGGGCGACCAUCGGACGGUCCACCUGGUCCAUGCACCGACUGGUCGAUGCCGCCUAGGAGAUCCAAGUAUCCUCCUGGCUCCAGACAUUCAAUGGAGCCUCCAAUGUCCCAUGAAGGAGGUUGGAGGAGGCAUGGAAGACACAAUAAUGAUAGAUUCCAUAGAUGAAGGGCCGCAGAAGCUUUGUGUCUCGACCAUGCUGAGCCUCAUCUGCGAUUAACAGUACAAUGGUUUCCAGAAGAGGGAUAAUUCCUGACAAUUUUAAUGGUUAUAGAUUUUAGUUUUCUUUCUUUUUGCCUUUGGUGGGCCGUGAAGGGGAUCUUCAUUGUCUCCAUUCAGGGACGGGCUUAGCAUGAAAUCUCUUUGCAAAAGAAGAGAUGGAACAGGCCCUGGUUGUACAAAUGUAUGUCACCAUUCUUCUGCAAAUGCAGAAACGGAAGGGACUUCAAUGGUGCGUGGAGCUGUUCUGUAACAAUCUAGUUAGCCUUACAGUCUACUGUGUUGUUGAGAAAUUCUUCACUAUUGAUUUCCAUUCAAAUAUCCCUUUUGUAAUCCAACUGUCAUUUCAAGCACCUUACUGAAACUGUCUGACAUUGUAUAUGGCCACAAUCUAGAAUGUUCUUUUU